UCCGCCUCCCGCAUCGUUCACCGUGAGCGCGCACGUUACGUCGUUCAACGUAAGGGGCGGGGCCAACGUUCUGCUGCAGCUGUCCAUGGUUGGAAUAGGAGCCAUACACACUCACUGAAAAUCCUCGUAGAGAUGCAGCCAUAGUCACGAGACACCGACCGUACUUCCUUCGUCGAUACCCGACCACCGCUGGUUGUCCUUCUCACACUUUGGUUUCGUGGAAGUAACGCCGACCAGGAGGCCGUUGGGACAAGUGAAGCGUGUUCGAAUGCGAGUGAAGGAGUGAUUGUAAGAAAUGCACUGCGGGAGUGUGUCAUAAAUCCACCACUGGCCCCCUUUGACUCUGCAGAGCUUGGCCGGGCAGCGCAAGGCAGAACAGGGCCAGCUGCUGCCCUACAGUCAGCACCAUUUCAUCUCGAAAACUUGCCUGUGGACGUGAGGCAUCAUGGCUGAGCAUCAGAGGCAGCGUUCUCUGUCCACUGCUGGUGAGUCUCUCUACCAUGUGCUUGGAGUGGAAAAACUUGCCACGAAUGAUGACAUCAAGCGAUCCUACAGGAAACUGGCUUUGAAGUUUCACCCGGACAAGAAUCCUGACAAUCCGGAAGCGGCAGAUAAGUUCAAGGAGAUAAACAAUGCCCACGCCAUUCUCAAUGAUUCCACGAAGCGCAACAUUUACGACAAAUACGGCUCGUUGGGACUGUACGUGGCUGAGCAGUUUGGAGAGGAGAACGUCAACACUUAUUUUGUCCUUUCCAGCUGGUGGGCAAAGGCGCUGUUUGUGUUUUGCGGCCUGGCCACUGGCUGCUACUUCUGCUGCUGCCUGUGCUGCUGCUGCAACUGCUGCUGCGGAAAAUGUAAACCUCGGCCUCGGGAGGGCCAGGAACAGGAUUUUUACGUGUCCCCGGAGGACCUGGAAGCCCAGUUGCAAUCUGAUGAAAGAGAGACGGGAGGUGAGCCCAUCAUGCUUCAGCCCACAGCUACAGAGACCACCCAGCUGACGUCGGACGGCCACUACUCUUACCACACCGACACCGGCUUCAACUAAGCGGCCGCACCCGUCCGUCCGUCUGUCUGUUCCUCCUCACCUCUGUACCACCUGCUCCCCUGCGCCACCUCCAUGACGGGAAAGAAUCCAUCUUUCACAAGGAAGGCCCAUGCAGAGGACAGGGACUAGUCAGCAUGGUCCAUCAAAAGAACUACUCAUCCCUUACACCCCCUCCCGUUCCCAAACUCCCUAUUUAUUUGCCCAAAGUAUGACAAGAAAUCAUAUUUUAAUUUCUUUUCUAAUUCCUCCCCGCGUCCCACUAAUCCCGCAUUGUGUGUUGUUGUGUAGCAUGCAGCAUAAUUCCUCUCUGGCAACAUUUUGACUCUCUCCGUGCAAUUAUGUCUACAUGAGUACGGAGUGCGAUUUGAGAGCGGUGUGGCUCUCCGUGGCAUUGGGCUUACAAACCGAUUGUCAAGCAGCGGGAAAAAUGUGGCUGCCGUCGUGAAUUCUCUCACGUUUAUUUGAUAGUUGCUUCACAGUGUCCGGGUCACUUUGUCCUCUAUGCCUGAGAGGAAUGUUGUCAUAUCAGCAGACUGUCAUUUGUUUUUACAGAAAGAUUGAAAGAGAAGGUCAUGUGUCAGGAAGAACAUUACAUUUAUCUUGUUGUGCGGUAAUUCCGAUGGCCGCAACCGCUUAAUUUUUUUUAUUGUUUUGAGAGGAAUAUAAUUGUUCAUUUUGUUUUGAAGUUCGUGUUUAGAAGUGUGAUAUCUGUGAGCAUUGUCGAUUUGUUUUUAGGACUGCAACUAUUAAUCGGAUAAAGAAAAUCUAUAAAUUCCACCCAAAGUGACUCAAUUUGACAAUGAAGGUAAUAAUUCGGUUGCUGAUUUGGUCUGUAAUAUUUGUCAGAAAAUCAGCAAAAUGAUUGAUCUUUGUUUUCCAUCCUAAAAGCAUGGGUUAGCAAAUAUAUUAUUUUGAUACUCAGUCUGUUUUCAUGGAGGAAAACAGAAAUUUACCGAUGAGAGGCUGAAAUUCCAAGAUUUUGGUCUAGUUUCAAUUAAACAAGUUCUCGAAACGAUUAAUCGAUUAUCAAGAUAGUUGUCGAUUAAUUUGAUAAUCGAUUAGUUGUCAAUAGAGUUGAUGCUCCUCUACGCCUUUAAAUCUGCACAGCUGGCACGGAGCACAGUCAGUGAUCCGGUAUCUCCACCAGAAUUUCGUUUUGACACACUUGCAUCGUUUGGAUUUGCAUGAAUGGCCACACAUAUGCAAAUCCCGCACGGUACUGUAAGUUUUCCAUUUGCCACUCGGCUCGAUACGGUUUUCGAUGGUUUACAAGCGCUGAGCUGCGUGCGACUGUCCAACCUCUGCUAUUAACAGUAUGGAUGUUUCGUAUGAUGUUUCCUGUAACCCCUUGAUGAAACAUACUGUAGUGCCCGUCCCAUGGCUUUUCCAUUGAGAAGAUGCUACUGUACAUGUUGUAAGUUGAAUGCACUUAAAGAAAUGGAAACAAAAAAUACAACAGGUCCGUGUUUGAAAAAUGACUCCGGCAAAAGAGGACAGUAUUGAGUGCAACUAUAGUGAAUUGGUUUUAUGACAAAUCCACUGAGGUUAAUUCAUGUUAUACUUUGUGGUGGAAAUUCAUUUUAACUGGUGCAGUGUUGUAUUGUAACCAUUCAAUUGUGCGAGGAGACUUAUAACGGACUUCAGGUUGGUUGUGCAUACAGGCCGCCUCAAAACAGUAAAGUACAAGAAACAUUUAUGUUGUAGCAUGGUUAUCGUGUGUCUGGAAGAAAACAUGUGGAUCACUGAUCUCAAUUUGCUGUUUGUGAAUAAAUGUUCCGAAACAUUG